ACGUUCCGCGUGACGCAAGGACGUACCGGUGGCGUUUCCCUGGUUUCACGGUGACGGGAAAAGAAUGGCGGCGGCGGCGGCCUCCUCCUCGUCUUCAUCCUCGCCUGUACCGAUCGCAGCAUCUACUCCUUCCAAGGUUCGUAAUAAGAAAAGACCAACAAGCCCGGGAAACAGUGGCAAUGCAACCGCGAAAAAGAAGAAACUGGGGCAGAAUGUUGUAUUGGAUACCAUUGGUGAAAAUAAAAAUGUGGCUGCCGAUUCUAGUCCAGGACAUGGAGAGCCUGCAGUAAAGCCUUUGAAAUUUAAGGAUCCAAAUUUUGUCCACUCUGGCAUUGGCGGCGCUGGCGUUGGCAAGAAGAACCGUGUCUGGAAAAAUCUGAAACAAAUUCUUGCCACCGAGAGAAUGUUACCAUGGAAACUAAAUGAUCCUAACUAUUGCAACAUUGAUGCUCCACCUUCCUUUAAACCAGCAAAAAAGUACUCUGAUAUUUCAGGACUUCCUGCCAAUUAUACAGAUCCACAGAGCAAGCUUCGAUUUAGCAGCACAGAGGAGUUUUCAUACAUCCGAAUGCUUCCUUCAGACAUUGUGACUGGUUAUUUGGCUUUGAGGAAGGCAACUAGCAUUGUACCAUAAAUUAUUGCAUGGAAUUUUGUUUGAAAUACCUGAUUUGCAAUUGAAAUACCAAUUUGCAUCGUGAAAAUCAAAACGAUCUGCAGAUGCUGGAAAUUUGCAGUGAGUUGUGACAUUUGGAGUUCAUUGUUCACAGCUGAAAUUUCAAGUAAAUUGUUUCGAUAACAAAGAGUGUAAGUGAAUGAACGACAUGAAAUUGGAAGAGACUUUAAAACUACAAAAAGCCAUACAUGGAAUACUUGGGAAUGUCAAAUAUGCUGAGUGCAUAGCCCAUAUUUGUAUUUUU